AUGGAAUCCAAAAAUCCAAUCUUGUUUUACGAGCCGUUUUUCGACAGCCGCAACCACGAUUUUGCCGCGUUUGUUCUCUUUUUCUUCUUCUUGGUUCUUGUUUGCCUUUGCCAGAAUCAACUCCUUCGUGAAACUGGAACAGGGGAAAAGGGAGAACCUAAUGGCAUGGACGAUUAUCCCUCGUUGGAUAUUGUCUGCGUAUUCCUAGAGAUAAUACUGACCAUAUUUGCAUGGGCUUGGCACAACAGCUUGGGCCUUUGA